UAGUUUGGUGGUCCAAAGCAAACUAUCAUCAGGAUAACAUAAUUUUUUAUUGUUAAUGAGUUGACUUCCUUACCGUGAACUCCAAGAGGAUUGCCUGGGAAGUCGGUAAGAGUGUUGAAAUGGACCGAGUCAAUUACAAUCGGACCCAUAAGAACAUCGAGAUGAGCAGGAUUUCCAGUCCGACAACUCAAGAAGUGAAAAGAGAACCACAAAGUCCGUUCUCGGUUCUUCGUCCAUGGAUUCCGAAGCUUGUGCUGUGCAGUUGCCCUCCAUUUCUAAAGCAGAAACGGACUCCGAAUCCUCAGAAUGUGCUCUUGUUAGCAAAGAUCGUGUCCCUGAACAAGUCCACCAGUUAUACUUUGUCAAGCUGCAUCCUUACGAGAACCCAUACUUGAUCAAAGCAGAGAAUCUCAUUCAGAAGCUGAACCAAGAACGUUUACAGAUUCACCAGACGAGAGAUGAAAAACUGAUGUAUCGAGAUAAAUUGCCUCAACGCUCGAAGCACACGCAUUAUUAUUACCCAGUUAGGAAUUGGACGAGGGACAGCUUUAAAUCACUGCAACUAUCUCUUGACAAGCUCACUUUUGCUAACAACUCGAGCCGUGGAAGAGCCAUCAAACCCAGCUCAACAGUGAAAGAGAUAGAUAAACAUAGCUUGCACUUUGGGUUGCUACAUGGGAACCAGAGCUUGGGAGAGGAAGGACGGAUUCUGAGAAAGAUAAAGGAAGCAGAAGAGAUACCAGAAGAUACAUCUGUCAGAGAUUGUGAUGAUAAAAUUCGUAAGUUGAGCAGACGGAUGCAUUGGGGGCUAAACAUCAAAGCAGAUGAAAAGGAGCAAAUCUUCAGAGAAAUUGAAAAGAUAGAGCGGGCAAGAGCGGCAGCCAUUGAAAGCGCUACUGCCAUUGCAGCUUUGAAUGGAAAGAUGUGGCAGUCGCUGGGCUCAAAGGAAGACAUAAUACAGCAAAUCAAAACGAUUGGUGACGAACUGGAUAAGGAGAGGGCAGCACAUUUGAACUCCAAAAGGAAAGCCGUCCUUCUCGAGAAAGAACGGGAGGCUGUGGAGAAUGAUUUAGUUCGUUUGGAGAAUCGACUGACUCACACGGGACGACUGAAAAAUGAAGCCGCAGAAUGCAUUUCCAAGUGGAGGAUUGAGCACAGAGAAAAGAAUUUCAGCUACAACAACUACGUUGAGCUAAUGAUGAAUGCCCGAGAACUUGCUCAAAGGAAAGAACUCUCAGCCGUGCAAAAGUUAUCUUCCGAUGAGGUCGAGAAAUUCAUGUGGCAAUGGAACAAUAACAAAGCUUUCCGGGACGAAUACCGAAGGAGGACUGCAGAGUCACUGAACAAGCGGAGCUUGACCAUAGACGGCCGGAGAAGGGACCGAGACGAGAAACCGAUUUUCGUGAAUGACCGGUCAAUCAAGAUAUCAAAGAGACUCAACAAAGCAUUACAUGAGGUCUAGAAAGGAGGACCGAAAGCACCCGGAGAACUCCUCAAGUACCAAUCAGAAUCAGGAAAUUUGCUUUUCUCAUACACGGCAACGUCGUGCCGUGUCAGAAGGUGUCCUAAGAUUUUCCAUUUCAUCAUCUUGGUGAGAACGACAACAUCGACCGAGAGAAAUCUACAAAUGAGCGAUUGAAAA